AUGAAUACAGCAAAAGAAAAAUCCUUCAUCUGCGAGAUGUCAAACUUCUCAUUCUCUUCUCCUACCCCUUCAAGCUAUGGCGAUGGCGACUUGGAUAUAUUUGCCCGAUCAAUCCUGAAGUCGACUACAACCUCCGUUUAUUUUCCCGGAUCACCAGAAGAGGAGAGCUACAUGUAUUUGCCAACAACGGCAUAUAGCAAAGGGAUAAGCAAGAAUAAACAGCACCAAUCCUAUGAGCGUCUAUUAAGCAAAUACAAGAAGGUCAAAAAUGAAUUGAUUCUCAUUACAGGAAAAUAUAAUAAUCUUCAUAUGGGACCGCAAGAGCCACCAAGAUUAGUAAUCAAUCAGUAUAACCGGGAAGACUUUCCGGAUAUGUUGUUCUGGACUGCACAUGAUUGGAAGGUAUCCACUGAUGCCAAGAAAAACCUACCGGAUGUAAUCGAGAAGUCUGCUGGACCGCGUGGACCUGGUCGAUGCGCUAAAGGCGUGAACAUUGCGACAAGGUGGCAUCGGUACCAUGUUAUCGGCAAAGCAGUCAAGGCUGAGGCAACUUCCGUAGAAAUUGGCUCAUCCGAAGAUUCUUUGGGUAAAUGGAAGGCAUCCAAGGCAACAUGGCCAGAUGACGCGGCAAUUAAGAAGGCUAGACCAGGACCGGAGACAGGCGAUUUGUCAGAGUCAUUUGACACACAGGCGAAUGCUUUUGCGACGUGCUCGAGCUUAGGCGAAUCGAAUCAGUGUGACAGCACGAGUGGGAAUACCACCGAGAACAUAACAAGUAAGAGUAUCGUGAACAAUGCACCAGAAAAUACGAAGGCCAACCAUUCCACAUCAUUCGUUCCACCCGCUCCAUCCGUCACAUCAGUUCAUAAGCCGGUCUCAGAGAUUGGGUUGUCAGAGAUCGUAUCGGCUGCAUUGGCAUUGACAUCAGCUGUCGAGGUUACGAAUGGUGGAAAAGAGGGUGGAAAAAAGAAGGCACCGAAUAAGGAUUACUUGAGGGUAACGACUGCCAUCACACCGAGAAAUUUAUGUGCCAAGGACUGGCUUCAAGAUCACCCCAGUGGACUCAAAGCAGACUUCGACAUCUUUUACAAGGAUCUCUCGAAGGAUCUGCAAAGGAAAUAUGCUUCUGAUGCUGCAGUUAUGAAACUGGAUGCGAAAGGGUAGUCGUUUUGAUUCGCUAUGUAUCGAUUUCAAUGUCUGCUUAGUAAAUCAUUUUGUUCCGUUUUGUUUCGUUUUCAUUCGUGUUUGAUGUUUGUUAAAUAAAUCAAUGAUUUUCGUUUUCAAUCAAUUUAAUUCUGAU